AGAAGAAAAUUGCUACGCAGCGGCUUCGUGCCUUCUCUUUCUCUUUAAAUCUCUUAUCCAUUGAGAAGACCCUUUAUUUAUAUCUCUGUUACGUAUAUCUCUCCCUCUACUUUUCUUUCAAAGCACACAAACAAGAAGUCAGUUGGAGAAGCGAAGGUGAAUCCAUGGGGACUGGUGCAUCGAAGAAUGCGGAGGAGGAAGAGGGCUCCAAUGGCGGUGGCGGUCAGCUCUACGUUUCACUGAAGAUGGAGAAUUACAAGGUCGAAGGCGAGGUUACUCCUCAUGUUUACGGCUCUGUUCCUCUCGUCGGUUCCUGGGAUUCUUCCAGAGCUCUGCCGAUGCAGCGUGAAUCGGCGACGAUGUGGGAAUUGAGCUUCGUUGUUCCUCCCAAUCACGAGACUUUGGAUUUCAAGUUCUUGUUGAAGCCAAAGUACAGUAAUGCACCAUGCAUAGUGGAAGAGGGUGCGAAUAGGCUUCUUUCCGGGGGAUCAUUGCAAGGAGACGCGAAGUUAGCUCUGUUUAGGCUGGAAGGGGAUGUGAUUCUUGAGUAUAGGGUGUUCAUCAAAGCCGACAGAGUUUCACCAUUUGAUCUCGCUGCUAGUUGGCGAGCUUAUAGGGAGAACCUUCAGCCAUCCACUGUUCGUGACAUUCCCGAUAUCAGUAUAAAUGCUGUUCCAACAGCUGCUGAGAAUGGUCCUUCAGGUACUUUGGAGCUUGAUCUCGAGCAUUACGUGGUUCCUGCUCCUGCAGCUUCUGCAAACUCAGCCCAUGUUUAUGCGGCUAACAAUGCAGAGACUCCACGGUCCCUUACAACCUCUGGUCGGUUUCGUACGAGCAAUGCCUUGAACUUUACAUCAAAUAUUUCCAAAGAUUCUGGUGUUAUGAUUGAUCGACCUCCUGCCUUAAAGGAAAUGGAGGUCAGUAUUCCAGAUCCUUCAAAGUUGUAUGCUUCAGGAAUAGUUGAGUCAAAGUCGGUGGGAACACAAUCACCUCUUCACAAGGAAGAUGGUCAAAGGGCAUUCUUUCUCGAUCGUGGGGUUGGCUCCCCCAGGCUUAUCAAGUCUCCUAGCUCGAGCCCAUUUGUGUCUGACUUCAAACCCAAUGUUGAAACCAAGAAUUCAAUGCCAGCUGCUGCAGGAGCUGUUGCUGCAGGAGCUAUAGCUGAUCAAAUGCUUGGACCAAAGGAGGAUAGACAUUUAGCGAUCGUCCUGGUGGGAUUGCCAGCUCGAGGGAAGACUUUUACUGCAGCUAAGCUGACAAGAUAUCUACGCUGGUUGGGACACGAUACCAAACACUUCAAUGUUGGAAAGUAUCGACGCCUUAAACAUGGAGCUAAUCAGAGUGCUGAUUUCUUCCGUGCUGAUAAUUCAGAUGGUGUUGAGGCACGCAAUGAGGUAGCAGCACUUGCAAUGGAGGACAUGAUUGCCUGGAUGCAGGAAGGUGGUCAGGUUGGAAUCUUUGAUGCAACUAAUAGCACUAGGGUUCGUCGAAAUAUGCUGAUGGAAAUGGCUGAAGGGAAGUGUAAGAUAAUUUUUCUGGAAACAAUAUGCAAUGAUGAACGUAUAAUUGAAAGAAACAUUCGCCUCAAAAUUCAGCAAAGUCCUGACUACGCUGAAGAGCCAGAUUUUGAAGCAGGGUGCCGAGACUUCAGAAUUCGUUUAGCAAACUAUGAAAGGGUUUAUGAGCCUGUAGAAGAAGGUUCAUACAUCAAAAUGAUUGAUAUGGUCAGCGGAAAUGGUGGACAAAUACAAGUGAAUAAUAUUAGCGGUUACCUUCCUGGAAGAAUUGUUUUUUUCUUGGUGAAUACACAUCUCACUCCACGCCCAAUACUUCUCACUAGGCAUGGCGAAAGUAUGGAUAAUGUUAGAGGCAGAAUUGGAGGAGACAGCGUGUUGAGUGGAUCUGGAGAAAUUUAUUCCAAGAAACUUGCUAACUUUGUCAAGAAGCGGCUGAAAUCUGAAAAGGCUGCUUCGAUUUGGACCAGCACAUUGCAGAGAACAAUCUUGACAGCGAGUACUAUAGCCGGAUUUCCCAAGGUGCAAUGGCGUGCCCUUGAUGAGAUAAACGCCGGAGUUUUUGAUGGAAUGACAUAUGAAGAGAUCAAGAAGAACAUGCCUGAGGAGUAUGAAUCUCGGAAAAAGGACAAGCUUAGAUACCGAUACCCUCGUGGAGAAUCUUACCUUGAUGUAAUUCAAAGGCUUGAACCUGUGAUCAUUGAGCUAGAACGACAAAGAGCUCCUGUCGUCGUAAUAUCUCACCAGGCCGUCCUGAGAGCAUUGUAUGCAUAUUUUGCGGAUAGACCCCUCAAAGAAAUAACCCACAUCGAGAUGCCACUUCACACGAUCAUAGAGAUACAGAUGGGGGUGUCAGGAGUGCAAGAGAAACGCUACAAACUCAUGGACUGAAACAAAAGACAGAGACAACCUCAAUCAAGCUACAAAAACAGCUUCUUUUGGUGCUUAUAGAAAAUAUAUAUGAACGAGAUUGCAAAUUCUUAUACAACUCUCCAUUCCCCGCAAAAAUACGAUAUGUAUCUUUUCUUUUUCUUCACUCUUUAUCCCCACAUCUCAAUUGUUAAUAAUAAUUCUCCA